UGUUUUAUUUGAUUUAUGCGUCAUAUACCACUACGUUAUUAUCAUUUUACCUAUAUAAUUGCAUUUUUAAAUUUAUUAUCUUAAGAUAAAUUUUCCUUAUCGUUGACGGGUUUUGAUCGCACGUCCACAGCGUUGCCUGUUCAUCGUAGUGCUCGCCUCUCCAUCUGUACCAAUUCAGCAGCCAUGUAGUUGAGAUCAAAUGACGGGGUUUUGUUCUACCUUGCAUCUCAACUAACAAUUUUAGCUGUAUAAGCUGGGUUUUUAGUUGAACAAGUCAAGAAUUCGGCUGCAGUAGCAUUUUCCCAGCAAAAAUGUUUGUUUGGAUACAGGUUGUAAGGCUGCAAAACUAGUAUAAUAUUUAAAAGUUCCCAGGAGCCAAUCGAAUUGCAGUCAUGCCUACUGACAUUUGUCAGUUUGAGCAGCCAAUCAAACCAGUUCACGUUUCUCUUAUCAGGUCUAGAUCCUGCCAACAAUAUAUAAAAACAAUAUGUGUUACCAAUCCAUUAUCGUGGAAAACGAUUUUUUUUAUUGAUAUGUUUCACUCUGUAAUUGAUUAUGCCUUUCUGGAAUUCCAGGUUACACUUAAAUUUUAGAUUUCUGAAUACCCCUUUGAUUUAUGUAUACCUCUUUGUCACACUUUUCAUGUAGGACAUCCGAUUUUUAUUUAUAAAUUUUCACAUUCUCCAAAGCGUAUCUUUUUCUUAAAGCCUAUUCAGAUUACUCCAUUUAUCCUAAUAAAAUAUCGUGUAAAAGUGAAAAAAAUUUGAAUGUAUGGAGACUAGCAUUAAGCUUCUCUUUAUAACGAUAUUUAUUACAAUAAAUGGCGCAACCUGAAUAGGCUAUUAAAAGUGUGACAUAAUUUAGGGACACUCGCUACCGCAUAUAUUUCGAUUGUUAUAUGUACUUUCUCGUAUUUAAAAUACUUUUUGGUUUACAUCGAAACCGCCUACAAGAUAUUAACAAAUGUUCAGCUACAUGAUGUUUUUUUACUAUCGACUAUGUUGUACAAUAGUACUUGAAUUCGUUUUAAAACUGUUUGUACAGCUCGAAAUCGUUUGACUUAAGCAUCACUGUGUACAUGCUGUACAAUAACUGCACUACGGAUGAACAAAUGCUGAAACAAAAUAGCGAUGUUUUCCAGCUGUCAUUGAUCGCUCGCCAUUCGAUCAUCACCGAAAAAAAAUAUAAAAGCAUCCGAUCGAAAACCAUCCGUUUGUGCGUCGCGAGUGCUGUGCUACUUUUCUGUUUUGCAUCCUGAUUUCAUCCCAAAUGAGCAAAGCUCAUUAUUUCAACGUCGUUCAGACGGUCGAAGGAGGCCGGCCGGUGGUAACAGUCGUCCCGCAUCAGUGGGUACAAGGCGACUUUUUGAGGUGGCCAAAUAAGAAUGCCCACCAACUGUCCAGAGAUGCGGCAUCGAAACCGGCGACAUCGUGGACAAAAAUACCCUGUGCUGUCAAAAGGAAAUACAUUCCGACAUACCGAGCCGCAGAGGAAGAAGUAGACGGUCUUUCCGGAAUGUCGACAGAAGCGUCGGACUACGCACCCCGUAAAAAAAAACAAGAAAAGCUCUUCCUCACAACCAUCAACAAAGGGGUAUGAUUUUAACCAUAUGGUAAACCAAGCUUCCGCUUCCGUAACCCUAUCGCAACCAGUGCUUGGAACCAUCAACGUUGGAAGACAGACAAAGGGUUCUGCAAAGGGUCCCAAUGCCAAGGCUUUACCGAAAACAGUGGCUUCCCCGGUGGCUGGGCCUAGUUCGAUCCAAGAAGCACAGAUGCCAGUAGUCAUAGCACCAAUGAUCGUGCAGCCCUCAUUGCAGCCGGUUAUUGAUGAAGGGCCGGUCCAAGUACUCACACUGCCGCUCACAAUUCCAACCGAUUCAAUCAGCCCAUGUGCUCAAUCUCCAGCAACAAACAUUGAACAGCUCAUCAACCAGGCUGACAUAACCAUACUCAAUCAGACCGAUGAGAUGGACAUGGAUAAUCUACCUCAGAACUCCCCGCAGUUUGUUUUGGAUCGGACAAUUCAGGUCGAAACUCUAGAGAUGCCCAUCGGAGACGAAUUUGCGGAGCAUGUAGAGGAUGUUGAGCGACAGGACAGUGACAGAAUCGUCCAAGCAAUUUCCAAAAAGCUUACGGAAGAAGGUGAUCGGGUUGCUAAAUUGAUCAUCGGUAAAAUGGAAGCGUCGUUAGUCCAAACAGCAGCUGCGUUGAAAAGUGAGUUUGACGUAAAGCUCGAAGCAGUCCUGCGAGCUCAAAAGCACAACCAAGCAACGGCAAGCGAUCCAAAUUUCAAGUUCACACCAGCCACAGAAAUUGCGCAUAUUCAACAACUGGAGAAGAAUUUGGCUGACGAGGCAUAUCAGAACAAAUUUAUCACUCUUAUGCGUGAAGCUAUCGGACCUAACGGCGACAAUUGUAAUGGCCAAAACGUUGCCUAUGCUCUGGUUGAUCGCAUCUUCUGCCGAAACGUGAUGUUGGAGUGUUCGUGGAGUGGUGCCAGCAAAAGUAAUGCUCCCAAAUACGCCAUCAAGGAGUGCACGCAAAUUUUGGAUACUUUCUUCAAAAUCGUACAUUGCGUGAAUCCCUCUUUCUCAAGACAGCUGAUGGAGUAUUUCUUUAAGCAAGUGUUACGUAAUGCAAAAUCACGUAGUCAAUCGAAAGGAUUGCGCCAAUCAACCAUCCAUCGACGCCCUAAGAAAAAGGGGAAGAAUACUAGUCAAGAUGUCGUUGAAUCCUUCAUGGAACACAAUUUGGAAAAGCAAGAACCUCUCGAUAUCGAUGAUUCCGACUACGAGGCUCAACGUGGAAGCAACGAGGACGCGGAUGUCAAUGCAGACGCCGAUGUAGAGUAUGAUGAUGAUGAGGCAGAUAAAGAAAACUAUGAAUAUGGUGAAGCUGAUUAUGAGUGAUGGUAGGUGAUGUGAUGAGUCAUUUACAGUGCACUGGUAGGUGAUGUGAUGAGUCAUUUACAGUGCACUUUCAGUGCACUGUAAACCGUUUUUUGCUUUUUAUUGAUUUCACGGAUUUUUUUUUUGAAAUUUAUUUUUAAACUGAUACAAUUAACAAAUGUUGGGUUAUUCAUAUAUUACAUUCUUGUUAUUCCUUCAACUGCAAGGAUCUCAAUUGCUUAAGAAGUAGACUUACUUGAUGUUAAUAAAAAUCUGUUACUGUUACAAACCGCGUUUUACUUUUAUUGAAUGAAACUGGUUCAAAAUGUAUGCAAUAAUGGAAUGAAUACAGC